ACUUUCUAUUGUGUCUAUAGAAAAACUUCAAUUGAAAUUUUAUUUCUACACUGCUUUCUAUGUGCCGUCGUCUGGCAGCGCGUCAUAUAUAUUCGUAACUCGAUUUCUGCUCCAAUCAAAUUGUUGUACUUGUAUUGCUGCCGGCAAUUGUAUUUUUUGUUGUACGUCAUCCCCAUCAAUGAGCGAGGACACAGUGUCUAUCAUUGUCACUGUGCUCAAUGGCGAAAAGUGGGUUGACAAUUGUUUUCGGUCGAUACUCCGACAAUGCACAGCUGUGCAUGUGCAAAAGCAGCAACAACAAUCAAAACAAAUGCAGCCAGCAGAACACAAGUGGGUGGAUGACAAUAAGUUGUUGGCGCAUGUGACGUCACCGGGCGAAACAAAGGAAGUGGAAAGCAAGCAAAAGUUUAAAAUUGAGGUUUGUGUCUUUGAUGAUUGCAGUACGGAUGAUACAAUGGAAAUGUUGACACUUUGGCAACGCAAGUUUGGUGGACAACGGAUACGGAUGUUCAUAGUUCGAAACGAAAGUGAAAAGCCCAAAGGAGUGGGUUAUGGCCGCAAUCGCGCUAUAGAGCUGGGGAACGGUGCCUACUUGUGCUUUCAAGAUAUCGAUGACGAAAUGCUGCCAACGCGUAUACAGCAACAAUAUUUACUAGCGCGCGCCAAUAAAGAUGCCCUCAUUGGCUGCAAGUUCGUGCGCACGCCGCCGAAUUCCACCUGCCGCUUUACACGCUGGGCAAAUGAACUGGAUGCGACAAAGUUGCCGCUACAAAUAUACACUGCCAAUGGACCAACGGUAAUUAUGCCCACUUGGCUAUGCCAUCGUCGAGUCUACGAACGCAUACCGGGUGGUUUUUGCGAACACGGCCGUGGCACGCCCGAAGAUCUUAUAUUUUUCUAUGCGCAUCUUGAUCGCGGUGGACGCGUGCUGCGUAUUAAUGAAUGCUUGCUGCUCUAUCGUUAUCAUGCGGCAGCAACCACGUUCUCAAUUGUUGCCGAAACUAUUUGGCAAUUACGCAUGCAACAUUUACUCGCACAUGUGUUGUGCGUGGAGCCGUGGCGCAGUGGUUUCACCAUUUGGAAUGCGGGUAAGCGUGGACGUAAGUUUUUUCGCGAUUUACCACAAACGUUCAAGUGCAACGUGCGUGCCUUCUGUGAUGUGGAUAAGAAGAAAAUAAAUAAAACUUACAAUCAUUACGACGAGAAUGCGCACCGUUUCACGUACGUAGCGCCGAUUAUACAUUUCACGCAUGCGCGGCCGCCGCUGCUUAUUUGUAUGAAAUUAGAUCUCACCAAUGGUGCUUUUGAAGCGAAUUUAAAUAGUUUAAAUUUGUGCGAAGGACGUGAUUACGUAUUAUUCACGUAAAUUGUGGUGUGCUAACACAAAAAGUGCAUUAUUUUUCUAGCUUUACAACUUAUUAGGGUUACAUUUAAAGGUUAUGUAUACAAAAAUAAUAUUCAAAGAAAUAUGCAACCCCCUCCUGUGUAAACUUUGUGAUUUACACAAUAUUAUACAAUUGUGAUAGUAUAGUAUAUUAGCAAACGAUUUUAUUAAAAUCAAAUUCACAAAUAAAAAAACUAAAAAAUUUGCCUAAAAUUAUGGUUAACGCUGAAUACACUUAACAAUAAUAGACAGUGGCCGUGUCACGAGAGGAGAUCGGGAACGACUCCUCCAUCACCAACCAUUAAUGGUUCAGAGUCAGAGUCAGGGAUUCGAAUUCGAAAAAAAAUUAAAUUUUUAUUUAUUAAUCCCGAUGUCGGGAAAAAUUAAAAAAAAAGUUUAUUCUGUAUUUGGCAUUACAAAAUAAAACUUAAUUCAAAUGUUAA